GCACAGAGAGACGAAAAUGAUUUGUCGCGUCAGUCAGCCAUUCUCAUCCAUCGGAGUCUGUGAUGCUUUGUGAUUCAUAAUGCAUGAAGGAUUUACAUCACGAUAAGGACGGGCUGAAAAACGGUUUAGCUAUGUUAGCCAUCAGGUCGUCAGAGGAGGAUUCCACCGAGAUGGAGGAUAUGGACAUCUCUGAGCCCAACUGGUGCUGGUUCUACUUGGCUGAGUGUGGAGUGUGGCACAUGUUUGAGGUGGAUCCCAGUGCAGCCUGCUCUGUGACCAGUGCUCAGAUUGAACUGUGCUACAGCAGAAACCAGCGAGGUGUCAUGGAAUUCUACACAGCCAAGUACACCUACAGGCUGGACUUCUCAGUGAUGCGACAAAUAAAUGUAACGACAGGGAAGCAGCGGCCAAUAAAACGCUCCCUCCACUCUGCAACUGGUUUCCGGUUUAUAUGUGAUAACCUUGCCUUGCCUGUUCCGUGUCAUUGGGAGAGAAUAAACAUGGAUGAGCCCUAUCAACUUAUCCAGCUCGCAAGAGACACCUAUGAAUUUAAGGAAGUUGCCAGACUAUAUGAAAGGACGAUGGAUCAUCCAAUCAAAUCCAUCCAGAGGGUUCAGAACCUCGACUUAUGGGAAUUCUUCUGCAGGAAGAAAACACAGUUGCGAAAAGUCAAGCGCACGGUGGACAUUGAGGAGCGAAUGCUGUUUCACGGCACCGGACACAGCAACAUACAAGCUAUAUGUACAUUUAACUUUGACUGGCGCCUGACAGGGAGCCAUGGCGAUGUCUUUGGCAAAGGAAGCUACUUUGCCCGGGAUGCCAAAUAUUCCAGUAAAUUCUGUCACACCACGGGGAAGCACAACACCACCCUGCAGAGACAUGGACUCGCCCCACCCAUAUUUGCGAAUGAGCCCUCCUACAAGACCAUGUUCCUGUCGCGAGUGCUCGUUGGCGAAUACACAGUCGGUCAUCCCAUGUACUGCAGACCGCCCUCCAAGGACGCCAGCUUCACCAACUUUUACGACAGUUGUGUGGAUGACAUGGCCAAUCCAAAGAUUUAUGUCAUUUUUGACAGCAAUCAGAUCUACCCAGAGUAUCUGGUGGAGUUCUACUGAAGCCUCACAAGAAGACGGGGGUUUUUUUUCCCCGUUGAAGCUGGAUCUCAAACAUGGAAAUAUUUCGGGAGACAGAAUCAGAUGACGGGAUUCAAAUUGUGAAAAGAGGCGGAGGCUUAAGGGACAUUUGCCUUUCCUUUCUGCCAGAUCCAGUGCCUAACUGGAGCAUGGGCCAUCUAAAGUGCCUUUGUGGAAAUUGGAAAAACAAGAAGACAAUAGAGACUUUGUGUACAGCUUGUGAACUGUUCAGUAUAUUCUAAGACAGGCCCUUGUGAGUGGAAUCUCUCCUCCACAUAAAAAAGGAUGAACACGUGGACUGAAGAUCAGUCUGUGUGGCAAUUUUGUAUUAAAUGCACAAAUCUGUGCUUGCUUGUUCGAUAUCUGUGCACAAUUGUUUGAAAUAGGAGUGGAACUUGUAGGUUAUCGGUGAUGUCCUGCCAUCGGCCACAGCCCCUCCCCCACAUCCACAGUGCCACGCAUGAGCUUAUUUAAGUCAUGGAGACAUAAUUCAAAAUGACAAAACCAAAAACCGCAACACGUUCCUGCUCAUUCAAUCAGCACAGUGACCUGUCAAGUUAGCGGCAUCCACAUCUGUGUGUACUUGUUCCAACAUAUUAUGUCGGCAUUGAUUUUCUUUUUCUUUUAUAUACGUGUACAAAAAAAACCGCUUCUACCUCUACAUUUGUUUUAAACCGUGCAUCAGUGCACUUUCCUCCCUUUCCAUGAAAGGUUUUCUAUUCGUGUCACGGUGACAUAAAGUUGUGAUGUCUUGUUCACUUGUGGUCCUUUAGCAAUAUGUUUCUGUGUAACCUUUUUGACCAUUGACUUCAAUCUUUAAAAGACUUGACAAUGGCCGAGGUUGGAUUCUGUAUGCGUCUGUAAACCGAGUUCAUUCCAAACCAAAACAAGAUCCUCAUCACUUUUGACUUAAAACCAUCUGAGUGUGAUGUCACCGCCUGAAAACAUGUUUCUUUAAGGAAUACGCAGGUUUUCUUUGCCCCUGGUGUCAAAAAAAAGAGACGAAGAAUGUAGCCAGCACAUGUAUGGUACUGUAAUGAUGAUUAUCCACAAAAUGUAAUAUUGCUUUGCCGUGUGCAUUUGUUGAAUCCAUUGAAUGGAUGUGUGUGUUUUUGAGAAAGCAGAAUAACACAAUGACUCGGUGUGUCAUGUUGGCCACACGGUGGCGGAACAGUGCAAGAAUGCAAAUGAAGCAACUCUUUGCAUUUCCUCAUAAAUACAGGCAGGUGAGGGAAACAAAAGGAUGUCUCCAGUCAUAACAUUCGAGAUGUGUGUGUGUGUGUGUAGUGUGUAAGAAGCUAUGUGUGUGUGUCUGUAAUUUGCACAUGUUACAAAUAAUAAACUUUUCAACGUAA